AUGGACUCCCAUGUGCAAGCAACUCGAUACUGCAUCGUCGUGCUGGGGACGAAUGCGGCCGCCACGGGGCGUCGAGACAUCGCCGAAGAGUUUGUUUGGGUCACCGAUGUCUAUCCGCCGAAGGAUUUGGUCUAUGCCGAUCCGCCCCUGUUCCUGGUGAAGGAUGAGCCCAUGGUACCGAUGGUGCCGACGGUGACGACUGCCGACUGCAGCAACUUGAAAUCGGUCGCCAACACGAUGCCACAGUACAACGCCUCAGACUGCCAAGUGCAGCACUACGACAUCCAACCACCGCUCCCGACUGGCCUAUCUCUGGAUCCACAGACUGGAGUUAUCUCUGGCACUCCGACGGAGUUGCUACCCCGGCCGGAGAUUUUCCUGGUCACUGCUACGAAUGGAGGAGGCAAGUCCAGCGCUUUCAUUUCCUUGGCCGUGAUCGGCAAUCUCAGGGAUGCGACGCUUUCGAGCUGCCUCCGGGCGCCAACCACAUCUGAGUUGGUGCUCUCCUUCCGGACACCUUCGGAGGCAGAUGCGCCGUGGCUUCAGGCAGGUGCCCCUUGGCCGCAAAUGCUGCGGCUGCGUCUUCUGCGCCCGCUGCUCAUCGCACUUCGCCGCACCACAGGAGCUGCGUUAGAUUUCCUCAGCCGCAGCGCCGCCAUCGGCUGCGGCUCGGUGGUUUUAGAUGCGACAUCAGAUGCCCCCGAAGGCUUCCCUCCACCAACUCUCUGUCACUGGCAAGACUCACAGGACUUGGCUCUUGGCGAAGCUGGUGCGGUGGGAGCACGGCUGGAUAUGCAGUUUCAAGGCAAUGCCACGAUGGAGAACGACCGGACCUACCAGAUCACGUUCAAGGCCAGACUUUCGCAGUUGGCCUCUGCGGGGGACGAGCUCUUGCAGCUGACCCUCUUUGCCAGCGACGCUCGGGGGCGCUGUGCUUUUGGUCGAGCGCCCCUUCCCAUAAAUGUACCACUACAUUAUGGACUUAGAGGUAUGAUAAUUAUAUUAUGUUCUACAUAUGUUUGUAUAUAUGUACCUUUGUGGACGUAA